AUGUACCGAGAAGUAUCGGGAGCAUUUCGUGCAACAUUUUUGAAUUCAAGUCGCAUGAAAUCUCCUGUUGUUGUUCUCGUGAAAACAUUCGUCUAUUAUUGUGUCACCCUUCGUCGUUAUUCUCGACGUUUUCAUUCUCGUUCGUAUUUCCGUUGUCAUUCUCAAGUGCCUUCUCUUUCCCUCUCUCGUCCUUUUAACUUACUAUUUUCCGAUUUCAAUUUCGUGAAAACUAGUGUACGCAUUGAAUGACGUACUAAUAUGUUUGUUAAUUCGUAUUAAAGUAUUGGUUAAGUAGAAAUUGAUUAAAAAUGAAAUAAUACGAUAAAAUGAUAAAAUGAUAAAAAAUAAUGAAAAUUGAUAAAAAUUUUUAUUGCAUCGUUUCAAUGUCAUUUGAAUAUAAAUAAUAUAUAUGUAUAAUACAAGAGUAUUAUAUUUAUUUACUCUAUAUGGAUAAAAUAUGAUAACAAUGACACCAUAUAAUCUUUCUUUAGAUAUAUAUAAUAUGCAAGAUAAUUAUAUGUGUGUCAAAUAUAUUUUUCAACAUAUUGAAAUGACAUUCAUUUUAUAUAAAGAUAUGAGGUGGAUGGUUCAUUCCAAAAUGUAUCGCAUUUAAUAGACAUCUUAAAAAUAAAUAGAUUUUUCUUAUCAACUAAAAGGCAAAGUGUUCUUAUUUGAUACAUAGAAUAAAAAAAAAGAUGUCUCAGUUAAGUAUUAGUACAGGAAAGAGAGGGAGGAGUGUUGCAAGCUCCUCUGCACCUACUGUAUCAUCUCUAAGCAGUUCAACUGAUCUAGCAAGUCUAUUUGAAUGUCCAGUUUGCUUUGAUUAUGUUCUUCCACCCAUUUUACAAUGUCAGAGUGGACAUCUUGUUUGUAGUAAUUGCAGACCAAAGCUUAAUUGCUGUCCUACCUGUAGAGGUCCACUAGGUAAUAUUCGAAAUCUGGCUAUGGAAAAAGUGGCAGGUAAUGUGAUGUUUCCUUGCAAAUAUUCAACAAGUGGAUGCACUGUAUCAUUAGUGCAUACUGAAAAGGCAGAUCAUGAAGAUGCAUGUGAAUUCCGUCCAUAUAGUUGUCCUUGUCCAGGUGCUUCCUGUAAAUGGCAAGGAUCCCUUGAGCAAGUAAUGCCACAUCUUGUUAUGAGUCAUAAAAGCAUUACAACUCUUCAGGGAGAAGACAUUGUUUUCUUAGCAACAGAUAUUAAUCUUCCUGGUGCGGUGGAUUGGGUAAUGAUGCAGUCUUGUUUUGGUCAUCAUUUCAUGCUAGUACUCGAAAAACAAGAAAAAUAUGAUGGACAUCAACAAUUUUUUGCAAUCGUUCAAUUGAUUGGUUCAAGAAAACAAGCAGAAAAUUUUGCCUAUAGACUAGAAUUGAAUGGGCAUAAAAGACGUUUAACAUGGGAAGCUAUGCCACGUUCUAUUCAUGAAGGUGUUUCAUCUGCAAUUUUAAAUUCAGACUGCCUUGUAUUUGACACCUCUAUCGCGCAAUUGUUUGCCGAUAAUGGAAAUCUAGGAAUUAAUGUUACAAUUUCUAUGGCAUGAGGAAAGCUGGAAAAAGCAGUGUAAAGUGUGUUUUAAAUGUAUUGAGCAAUCUUUUGAUUCAAUCUGUUGUAUUAUGGAUUGCCUGUUAUGUACAUAUAGCAUUUUUUUUACGUUACCAUAGAUAAAUAUUAGCAAUAUGGAUGUUAGGAAAUGUUUGGAAUGUUUAACAAAGUUCAGAAAUCAAACGCUCAGUUACAGAAUCUCUCUUUUAAAAGCUUUAAAGUGUAUUUGUAUGUGAUAUUAACACUACACAUAAAAACAAUAAACAAUCUUUCUUAGUAUAUCUAUACUAACUUUAAAGCUUUAAUACUGAGUAUAACAUCAAUUCCAAAAUGUACCUGACACCUAUUGCAUACUGUUAUCAUGUUCAUUUAGUCACUUCUUACUGUGUAAAUUUUUAUGAGCAUAAUUUCCUUUUCAAUUUUGAUUCUUUCCAAUGUAAACAUUUUUUGCAGAAAUAACGUCAUAUUUUAAAAAAGAAAUACAUAUAUAAUUUUCAUCAAAAAAUCAAUUACAAUGAUACAGAAUAUGGUAUUAUAGAUAAAAAUUCAAAGUACAUACCUGAGAAAGUUCUCUAUACAUAAUUUUUUAUCGUAUAGUAAUUAAAUUCAAUGUACUAAGCAUAUAUUUGACAUAUUUAUUUUCAUUUAGAAAUUUUGCGUGCUCGCAUAUUUAUUAUGACUUGAUUUAUAAUUUUCAUAUUAUAAUUAAAAAGUAAAUUCUUUUUUCAAUAAAUUUACUUUUUUUUAAAUUAAAAUAUAUGAUGUUUAUAGAUGUUUUCUAUAUUUGAUAUUUUAGAUUUUUUGUCAUUAUUACAAUAGAAUUUUCAUUAUAUUCUAAAUAUUUUGUUAAAAAUCUACAAUUUUAGACCAUACAGAAAGUCAUAUCAAAUCAAAAAUUAGUAAUACAUUUGUAAAUAUGUUAUUGACAAAAAUUAUUCUAAUGUGCUCAGAAAUUUGAAAAAUAUUACGAUUUCUUUUUUACAAAAAAUUUUUUAACUUAUAUAAUAUAUUAAAUUAUUAAAUUAUUAUAAAGCGAGCAUUAUAGAUAACAUUAUUUCUUUAAUUUUAUGAGAGAAAAAACUAAACUAAACAUAUACAUCAGCAAUAUAUAUGGGAACACGAAAGUAGUUGGUAUACGAUAAACAGGUGCAAAAUAACGGAAUAAAAUUGCGCGAUUUCAUUCUUUUUUCACUAAUACAAAAAUGGACAAAUUUAUACAAGGAGAAGUUAUAAUUUCAAAAAUAUAGAUCCAUUAAAUUAUUGUAUAGUAGUUUCGUAAGUAAUGACGUUGUACACGUUGUACAUAAUCUUCAAAUUAUCGUCCAUGUAAGUCUUGAAUGUCGUAAAUUAAAUUUGACAAGUAACAAUAUAAUUCUUAAACAUUGAUUUCGAAAAGAUGUAUAACAAGUAAGAAAUUUAAAAUGUCAAUUUGGUAUAAUGAUUAUAUGAAUAAAGAAUUGAUGCAUUCAAGUGAAAAAAAUUUAUAAAAUUGAAAUUGCAUAAGCUUAAUCCUAAUCAAAUUUGAGAUUCUCAAUUAAAAAAAAAUUGUUUUUAUGUCAUCAUGAAUUGCAUGUAAAUUUUUUGAACAUUCCAAAUAUAAAUAAAAAGUUAUUGUAAAUAGAACAAUUUUACAUGUGAUAAAAUUAUGAAUUGGUAAUGUAAAUUAUGUCAACAUGCAUAUAUAUAAAGUUCAAAGGAAUAUGGGAAUCAAUUGCAUGUUAUACAUAUUUAUAAGUAUAUAUAAAUAUAUAUAAACAUAUAAUAUAUAAAAAUAUAUAAAAAUGUAUUUAUAUAUAUGUAUAGAUAUGCGUAUAAAACAUUACAUUAUUAUUUUAAGUUUAUAUAAAUGUAUUACAAAAUUUAAUUUUAAUACUUUAAAAAUUUCAGCAAUUUUGGCGGUUACUAAAAAAGUAAUUCAAAUGUAUCACAUAAAUUGUUAUAUUAUCAGACUUUUCUCUCUUAUAGUUGUAAUGCAUCAAUGGAUCCGCAUAUUUUGCACAUUUAGAUAUAAUUAAAAACAUCUAUUGAAGAGCUAUUAUAAUAAAAAGCUUGAUCAUAGAAUUAGAACAAAAUUGAUGAGAAAAAAUAUUAAAAAAGAAAAUAUACUAGUAAUUAAAUAAGAAUUAUGGAACGCUUAUGGAAUUAACGAUCGUUUCGAAUACUGAAGUGCGAAUUUCGUUGAAAGGAUGAUAUAUCCCUACAUGUAUAUAUAUAAAUAUACAUAAGAUGUGGUAUAUAUAUAAACAAUUUAAUAAUAUUAUUUAGAUAUUUAGAUAUAAAUUUAAAAUUCAUCACAAUAUAUAAUGUAAGGUUUAAUUGUUCAUCGUAACAAUUUAUUCUUACAGCUGACAGUAUAUAAAUAUUUGUAUCACACGUAAAUUACUAAAAAUAGUUAAUUCACUUUCUAGUUCAAUAAAAAAAAAUUUUUUAAAUUUUGUAAAAAUAAGUUAAAUCCUUAAACGGCGCAUUUACUACGAGAUAUUAAUUAAUAGUAAUUUUUCUUGUUCAUUCUGUUUCUUAAAAAUGUAAUAACUUUCAUAAUGUUACAAAAAUAAUUUUUUGAAAUUAAUAUUAUGAAUUGAAUUAUGUGGAGAUACUGUAAGCAUGUACAUUACAUUAUAAUUUAUAAUUUGUUUUAUCUGUUUACAAUUUUUUUUAUAAUUCGAUACUAAGAUUUUCAUAUAUUUCUAUAGUUUUAAGUAAAUAAUUUAUUCUCAAUUAUGUAUCAAAUUAUCAAUGUGAAUACUUCGAUAUUGAUAGAAUUAAAUGACACUACAAAUCCUGUUCCUAAACAUGUCGAAUAAAUUUGUUAUUAAAUUAA